GAAGUGUUUUGCGUUCCUGUUGUUAAUUGCGGCGUGUGCUUUUGCAUUUGCUGAAGAACAACAAGCAGUUCUGGCUGACGAAACAAAAACGGAAAAUGCUAUUGCCGACCAAUCAAAUAUUCAAAACGAUCCUUCUCACUAUCAACCUUUAUGUGGACUAUAUCAUCGAUACAACCCUCUUUCCCAGUUCUGCUACAAGAACAAAGUCUACCACAAAAGUAAACAUGUCUUAUGUGGAUUCGUUGUGUGCUUUAAACAUAACCAAUUCUGCCACAAAGGAAAAUGCUACCUAAGGACCAAACACUUUGUCUGUAGUCAUCAUAACGUUUGUGACAAGGGAAGACACUUCUGCUUCAAGGGAAGAUGUUACCUUUCAAAAUGGUACAAGAUUUGUGGAGAUAGUGCCUGUAAUACACACCAUUAUUUCUGCUUCAAAGGAAAAUGCUACUACAAAAAAAAAUACACUAUUUGUGGACACAGUGUUUGCACAAAAAGUAUUCAUUUAUGCCACCAUGGAACCUGUUAUGAUAAAAAAUGGUUUAAAGUAUGUGGAAAGAAAAUCUGCAACUUACACAACAGCUUCUGCUUCAAAAAUAUCUGCUAUCUUACAAAAUGGUUCAAGAUCUGUGGACACAAAGUAUGCAACCUUCAUCACAGCUUCUGCUACCAUGGAAAAUGCUAUAGCAAAAAAUGGUUCCAAAUCUGUGGAAAGAAAAUCUGCAACCUACACAACAGCUUCUGCUUCAAAAACGUCUGCUAUCUAACAAAAUGGUUCAAGAUCUGUGGACACAAAGUAUGCAACCUUCAUCAUAGCUUCUGCUACCAUGGACAGUGCUAUAGCAUGAAAUGGUUUAAAGUCUGUGGAAAGAAAAUCUGCAACCUACACAACAGCUUCUGCUUCAAAAACGUCUGCUAUCUUACAAAAUGGUUCAAGAUCUGUGGAUACAAAGUAUGUAACCUUCAUCAUAGCUUCUGCUACCAUGGAAAAUGUUAUAGCAAAAAAUGGUUCCAAAUCUGUGGAAAGAAAAUCUGCAACCUACACAACAGCUUCUGCUUCAAAAACGUCUGCUAUCUUACAAAAUGGUUCAAGAUCUGUGGACACAAAGUAUGCAACCUUCAUCAUAGCUUCUGCUACCAUGGACAGUGCUAUAGCAUAAAAUGGUUUAAAGUCUGUGGAAAGAAAAUCUGCAACUUACACAACAGCUUCUGCUUCAAAAACGUCUGUUAUCUUACAAAAUGGUUCAAGAUCUGUGGACACAAAGUAUGCAACCUUCAUCAUAGCUUCUGCUACCAUGGAAAAUGUUAUAGCAAAAAAUGGUUCCAAAUCUGUGGAAAGAAAAUCUGCAACCUACACAACAGCUUCUGCUUCAAAAACGUCUGCUAUCUUACAAAAUGGUUCAAGAUCUGUGGACACAAAGUAUGCAACCUUCAUCAUAGCUUCUGCUACCAUGGACAGUGCUAUAGCAUAAAAUGGUUUAAAGUCUGUGGAAAGAAAAUCUGCAACUUACACAACAGCUUCUGCUUCAAAAACGUCUGUUAUCUUACAAAAUGGUUCAAGAUCUGUGGAUACAAAGUAUGUAACCUUCAUCACAGCUUCUGCUAUCAUGGAAAAUGCUAUAGCAAAAAAUGGUUCCAAAUCUGUGGAAAGAAAAUCUGCAACUUACACAACAGCUUUUGCUUCAAAAAUGUCUGCUAUCUUACAAAAUGGUUCAAGAUCUGUGGACACAAAGUAUGCAACCUUCAUCAUAGCUUCUGCUACCAUGGACAGUGCUAUAGCAUAAAAUGGUUUAAAGUCUGUGGAAAGAAAAUCUGCAACUUACACAACAGCUUCUGCUUCAAAAACGUCUGUUAUCUUACAAAAUGGUUCAAGAUCUGUGGAUACAAAGUAUGUAACCUUCAUCACAGCUUCUGCUACCAUGGAAAAUGCUAUAGCAAAAAAUGGUUCCAAAUCUGUGGAAAGAAAAUCUGCAACUUACACAACAGCUUCUGCUUCAAAAACAUCUGCUAUCUUACAAAAUGGUUCAAGAUCUGUGGACACAAAGUAUGCAACCUUCAUCAUAGUUUCUGCUACCAUGGACAGUGCUAUAGCAAAAAAUGGUUCCAAAUCUGUGGAAAGAAAAUCUGCAACUUACAUAACAGCUUCUGCUUCAAAAACGUCUGCUAUCUUACAAAAUGGUUUAAGAUCUGUGGACACAAAGUAUGCAACCUUCAUCACAGCUUCUGCUACCAUGGACAGUGCUAUAGCAAAAAAUGGUUCCAAAUCUGUGGAAAGAAAAUCUGCAACUUACACAACAGCUUCUGCUUCAAAAAUGUCUGCUAUCUAACAAAAUGGUUCAAGAUCUGUGGACACAAAGUAUGCAACCUUCAUCAUAGCUUCUGCUACCACAAAGUUUGUUACAACAAUUCUACGCACGCCCUAUGUGGAACUAAAGUCUACGUGAGAAAUCUCUAUCACUGUCAUCAGGGCAAAUAUCUUUACAAGAAAUCACACUACUCCUAUUGUGGUUCGAUCAUCUACAACAUCCAUAAGUACAAGUGUUACUAUGGAAAAGUUGUCCCAUACAAGUCACAUUAAACUGUAAAAAAUGACAAUUUAUAUAUGUAAAAAAAGGUGUUUGUUUUCUUGUUAAUAAAUGAUUACAGAU